GGAAGAGGAGGGUCCUGCGCGCGCGUACGGAGGGGGCGGUCCGUUCAUCCGCACACAUGUGGUUCAGACGGGGUGAUGGAGCGUCCUCGACUGAACCUGAUGGAGCAAAGACACAAAUAGGGGCCGAGCGCGUCGGAGGCGCAACAGACACGGAGCGAGCGAACGGAGCUAGCAGUCCCCGUUUAACUGUAACCGGCGGAAAGCAAAACCGAACACCGUUUGACUUCGUCUGGGAAAGAACCGCGGAGCGAAAAGUGGCUGGAAUCGAUUCGAACCGAAGACUUUCUGAACAGAAUCACGCGACGAUAUAUAACGGUGGAGCCACAGCUGUGUCAGUAACAUCUAAGAUUGACCUGAAAACCGCAUUUGAACACACAGCACAGACCAAACAGCACAACUGAGGGGGGGAGGACAAAACAAUCUCAAGAUGUACGAAGAGUCAUCUCAGGAGAUGAGGGCGUUGAACGCGGCUGCCCCCAGUAGCACAGUGUCUUUCACCGAUGAAGCUGUGUCCAUCCUGACCUCGAGCAGUCUGCUCGCGCGCUCGCUUCUGGGCCGAACGUCGGCGCUUAAACGCAAAGACGCCGCUGCAUCCAACAUAAACUCCGUGAGGCGCAAGCGGGAGUUCAUUCCUCACGAGAAGAAGGAUGAGGGCUACUGGGACAAGCGCAAGAAGAACAACGAGGCCGCGAAGCGCUCUCGCGAAAAGCGGCGCGUAAACGACAUGGUGCUGGAAAACCGCGUGCUGGCGCUGCUCGAGGAGAACGCCAGGUUACGAGCCGAACUGCUGGCGCUGAAAUUCCGCUUUGGCCUCAUUAAAGAUCCCUCGAACGCUUCCAUACUUCCUCUCACAACAGGAUCCUGCGCCCCGCAGCCUUCGACGCCGCAUUACUACCUACCGCGUGGGGACGGGGCUCACCAAGCUGGUCCAAUGUUGACGAAUCAAUCCCAAAGCGGGCCGCAAUCUGGGAGAAGUAUCAGAGACGCCUGCAGUAUGUCGGAAGACUCGGGUUUCUCCACGCCAGGGGGGUCCAGUGUCGGAAGUCCAGUCUUCUUUGAAGACAGACUAAGCGAGCAUGGAAAGUUGUCUCCGCAUCAAACAGAUGAGCUGGGUUACGAGUCCCAUCACUCCCCGGCUGAUGUCUUGACGAUGGGACACGUCAACAUGUCAUCCAACCGGAUGGAGCCGGUGGACGGUAUGAAGUCUCUUCCGCACAAGCUGAGGUUCAAGUCUCCAGGUGGCGGCGAAUGCGACAAUAAUGGAGGCCGGCAGAGCCCUGUGCUGCCCGCGGCGGGCCCGAGAGCUCACGGCCUCUCGGGGACAACCGAGGGAGCGGGGUACUGGGCGCCGCAAGACGGAGAAGACUCCCGGAAAGUCGUGCCGCAGCAGCAGCAGUACAGGAACUACAGCCACACCGCGAACCCAAACGAAUCUCAGUACCAAGCCGAGAACAGCAUGCUCAAGUCUCAGCUCAGCUCUCUCAGCGAGGAAGUGGCCCAGCUCAAGAAGCUCUUCUCCGAGCAGUUGCUCACCAAAACGAAUUGAGCACUGCGAACGCUCACAGCCGUGAACAUCCGUCGAUCGCGAAUGGAAAGAAGGCAGCACGUGCAUCACUACCUCUUCACACUCGGUCGUAACCAAACGGGACUCGCAUAUCCACCUUGUUUUGCAACGUGAGCUGUUUUCCUUGAACGUGCGAGAUUUUCAGCUCAUUUCGAGAAUAAUAAAAUUUGAAUAAAAAGCAGUGAACGCUAAUACGUUGCCUGCAAAUGUAAGAGUUAUUAAUUACCUGGCAAUAUCAAGAAGCAUGACGGACUGUUUUGGUUCAGCCAAAAUAACUGGAAGCAAAUGACACCGGAAGCCUUGCGCAUUUAAGUUACGAACUGCCAUGUCCCGCGUUACAAAUAAGGUGGAUAAUUGCUUUUUUUAAAACAUUUUUUUAACCCCCUUCCUUUGACUUACAUUCAGGAACGCGCAAGAGCAUUUCGGCGGCAUCGGGACUCGUCGGCUACAACGCCUCACCUCAAUUCGUUCAGUUGCUCCUUUUUGCCUCAAACACUGUGAUCUUACUCAAAACCAAAAAACGCCUCAGGCUCCCGCGAAACAGUAUCCGCACACACAGACCUGUCUGUCACUGUAAAUGCAAAACGAAGCUUAACAUCCUCCGUCGUAAAAAGCCAUUCCUCUAAUACGUGCCAACACUACUUAAACACUCGUCAGGAAGUGAGAGGAGAUGCGCGGUGAGCCUGAAAGUCUCCACACUGUAAUAUUCCUCCUGCGCUCUGACAGAUUUAUGAAACAGUGCAUUGCUUUUUGCAACAUAUAUCCUGAUUAAAGCCGAACAGGAAGGGGGAAAUGAUGGAAUUAAUUCUUGAUUAUUGUCAUGAACCAGUAGCAACUCAGCACUGAAAGACUGCAUCAUAUAUAUAUAUAUUUUUCUUUUCAUACAGAUCAUUGCCGUUGUCCAGACAAGGGUUAAAUUGAAUUACACUGUUACUUGCAUUUUGAUGGUGAAAUGUUCUGUUGUCUUGUGAGUUCUUGUGUAUUUGUACAGUAAGCAUACAUUAUUAUGUUUGUGUGAAUAAAUAUUUGACCUGUU